AUGGAAUAUAAUUGGAAACUUCCCAUAGUAUUAGUAUCAAUAGCUAGUAUACUGAUCAUCACCUAUAACGUUAUUAACGAAGAUAUACUACCAAGCGCAACAAUGUUACUACCUAUACUGACGACUUUACCUCAAGUAAUAACGGUCUCAGAUCCAAAAGAUAGAUUGAUUUUCAUAGGUGAUAUACAUGGACAAUUCGACGAAUUUAAAGAUAUGUUAGAUACAAAAAUUGGUAAAUUAGAUACACAUACUACAGUUGUAUUAUUAGGAGAUUUUCUCGUUAAGGGACCAGAUUCUUUAAAAGUGGUAGAUUAUAUUGUAUCUCAUCAAGACAAUAUUAAAUUUGUCUUUGGUAAUCAUGAAAUAUUAUUAUUUUUAGCUUAUGUUCAGGAACAUUUAGGAUUAGGGAACGAUCAUUUAUUAUUCAGUACAGAUAAACAAUUCCCUCCUAAAACUUUCAAACCUCCAAAAAAGAUUCAUAAAGAAUUAAUUAAGAAAUUGGGAUCAGAAAGAUUACAUCAUUUGGCUUCAAUAGGAUCUGUUACUCUAAGAUUUGAUUUAACAUUAACAAAUGAAGUUUUGUUUGCUGUUCAUGCAGGUAUGUUACCAGGUGAUUUUAUGGAAAAGAACCAAAUCCCACCAAUUGUUGAAUUAAUUGAUAUGAAAUAUGUUAAUGAACAUGAUUGGACGAAGAGUGCGAGAGAGGAAGAAGAUGUUGAACAUAGUAAAAGAUGGUAUAAAUUAUGGGAUGAUUGUGAUAAGAAAUUCGAUAAUAUUACUGUAUUAUAUGGUCACGAUGCUAAGAAAGGUCUGAAUAUAAGGAAGCAUACAAAGGGUUUAGACUCUGCAUGUGUGAAAGGUGGUCAAUUGACAGCAUUAGAAUAUACUUAUGAUAGUGCUAAAGGACAUUAUAUUACCACUCUACAUCAAGUGCAAUCUCAUUCUAGUAUAUGA